AUGUUAUUCUGCGAACAAGCAGGCAACUGUACUAGGACCAGCGUAGCUUUCGAAGUCAUGUUGAGUCCCAAAGUGGAGAAUGCAAGGAAGCCGCGAUUAACUCCAUUGAAAGGAAAAGAAAGUUUUAACAUACAGCUGCUGGUAGAAAAGCAGCUAGCAGCCGAAAAACGAAGAAAGGUUAGAGUUCCUUAAGAUUACCUAUUUUAGAGGAAAAAAACCCAGGACCAGUAGAAAUUAAAGUAAUACGCUUAUUUCAGCUUUCAUCCAUCUGCUCUCACCGGAAUUGUUCAUGAUCAGUUGGCAAACAUUGAAAAUUUUUAAAUAAAAAGGAUAUAUUGCUAACAUAUUUACAACACUGAAGGGUUGAACGACGGGUUGAAGUGUUUUCUUUUUUUUCGGAUUUUAACAAGAUUACAUCACUCUUUAAUUAAUUUAGGUUCAUCUGUAGUUAUUUAUGUACUGCUUAGCUCCUACAACCAAAUUAAGUUCUGUCUUUCAUCCCUGGCACCUCAGAGGAGAUCAAAGGACUAAGUGAUAAAAGGGACCUCUUUUUAUCUGCCAAAAAAAUUUAAAGAACUCAAAUGAUUUUGCAUGUAAUAGAAGGUUGUGAGGCAACUUAAAAGCCACAUUCAGCAUGACAUCUGUUUAUCUCAUCUCUACAACAGAGUAUUGAAGGUGAAGUUUUGGCCAAAGCUGCUAGCAGAAGUGAACACGUUGUUCAAGUUCAGCAGAAUAAACUGUUGACAGUUGCAGAGAAAAGUAGAAUGGCAGAAGAAAAGCUCAAACAAAAGAUGUGUACACAUUCUGAAAACAAGGAAGCCCAGAUUAAGGCGUUGUACAGCCGCCUUCACGCAAAAGAACAACACAUCAAAGAAGUGCAAGCAAACCUGCGAGAGAUCAUUGCAUCAUUUUCUAAAAAAGCAGAAGAGAAGAUUCAACAAAAAGAAGCUGUAAGCAAGGAAAACCUUGAGUUACACCGCAAAGCUCAGAUGGAACGUUGGCAAGCUCAUGAAAAGCGCAUUCAAGAAGUGUUGGCUUCUUUACAAGAGAGUAUUGAGAAGCAAUCCAAAACAGCUGAGGUUAACUUGCAGCAGAAGAUGGAAACAACUACAGAGAAGCGAGAAGCUUUGAUCCGCUCACUGCAGGAGAGACUGCAGUUUAAGUCUCAGAAGAUUGAGCAAGCACGGCAACUCAUAGAUGCUCUUGUUCAGGAACAAAGCAAAGUUUGCAAACAGAAGUUACAGCAGAAACUGGAACAAUCAGAGGAGAAACGCAAUGCACUGCUCAGAGCUUUACAAGAAAGAUUGGAGGCACAUGACAAGCAUGUAGAGGAGGUUCACCAACAAAUUAAGACACAGAGAGCUGAGAAAGCUCAGGGUUAA